CUCCUCCUCUUCGCCAAAAAAGGACGUAAGGCCAACCUUCCGCCCUCUCCGAGCGGCAGCUGGCCUGUUGUCGGGCAUCUGUUGUCCCUGGGCGGAGCCCCGCACCUCAAACUGACGGAGUGGAGGCGGCAGUACGGCGACGUCUACACGGUAAAAAUGGGCGCGCAGGACGUGGUGGUUCUGAACGGCUUCGCAGCCAUCAAGGAAGCGUUUGUCGACCACAAGGACGCCUUCUCCGACAGGCCCAACGUUUUUACCAUGGAUUUUCUGAGCGGUUAUGGGAAAGACAUCAUCUUCUCCAAACUGAACCAAGGCUACAAGGAAAAGCGCAAGUUCGCCUACAGUGCGCUGAGGACCCUGGGAAUGAGAAUGGGGCCCGGCAGCAUAGAAGAACACGUCAGGGACGAGGCUCGCCAGCUCUGUUUGAAGCUGUCCGAGGAAGAUGGCUCCUCUCCACGUGACGUCACCGAGAACCUGUCGGUGUCUGUGGCUAACGUCAUCUGCUCCAUGGUGUUCGGGAAGCGGUACGACUACGAUGACGUCAGGUUUGUGGAACUGAUGCACGUGGUGAUGACCCUGGUCGCCAACAUCUCAGCCAACCAGCCGGUGGCCGUGUUCCCUUUUCUCCGCUUUGUUCCGGGAGUGAAUUCAUCAUACAAGAUUCUAGACGAACUCAACAAAAGGGUCAUCGCCGUUCUGCAAGAAGAGAUCGAGAGGCACCGCGAGACUUUGUCGGACCGCGAGAAUCCGCGAGACUUCAUCGACCUCAUCCUCACGGAGCUACAGACCCAGGAAAAGACCGUGGACGGUUUUACGGAAGAAAACGUCGUGUGGAUUGUUCAGGACCUGUUUCUGGCUGGAAUCGAGACCACGACCACCACCUUACGCUGGGCUCUUCUGCACAUGGUUCUGCACCCGGAGGAACAGAAAAAGGUCCAAGCUGAGCUGGACAGUGUCCUGGGCCCGGACCCCGCGGUGCCCAGCCUGGCACACCGGUCCCGCCUGCCUUACACAGAGGCUACCGUUAUGGAGAUCCAGCGCAUCCGGCCCACCGUGCCGCUCACCGUUCCGCACGCCGCCGUGCAGGAUACAGCCUUCCGGGGCUACCAUAUCCCGGCUGGGACACAGAUCAUUGCGAACCUGUGGUCCACCCUGACGGACCCUGACUUCUGGCCGGACCCUGAGAGGUUCGACCCGCGGAGGUUUCUGGGACCGGACGGCAAGGUGGUCAGCCGGCCGGAGUCCUUCAUGCCUUUUUCUACUGGCCGCCGCGUCUGCCUUGGGGAGCAGCUGGCUAAGAUGGAGCUCUUCGUGAUCUUCUCCUCCCUGCUGAAGCACUUCACCUUCAAGCUGCCAGAGGGCGCUGCCGCACCAUCCACCGACAGCAGCGGCGUCGGAGUCACUCUGCAACCACCAACAGUAAAGCUCUGCAUCACUCCGCGUUGAUAUUAGUAAACUUUUGGGGGGACAGAAUUUACUAAAAACACUUGUGUGGAGAGGUGAGAGAAAAGAUGGUAUCGCCUUUUCUAGCUCUUAUCCUGGAAACGUGUACCUCAUUAAGAAUAAUUGAACAUUAUGCACUAUACAACAUGAAACAACAUAAUCAACCGUAAUAAUUAAGAAAAAUUAAAUAAUUGAACGUAUUGCACUAUUUCUAAUUUAAUCCAUAUACACAAGUUGGGGUAUUCGACUCUCCAGAUACUUUUAAUGUUGUCUUUAUGUAUGUAUCAUUUCAGAUUAUGGCUAGAUUUUAGACGAGAAUAAUAUAUUGUAUUGUACGAUGUAUUGUAUGAUGUUUCCUUUAUAUCGCUAAUGUUUAUUGGAUGGUGGCGGGAAAGAAGUGAAUGGAUUUCAGACAUAUUUAUAGCGUUCAAUGCGUUCGUGAGGCCACGUACAUUAUCUAUUUUGUGUUGAUUUGACAUUCUGUCUAAAGUAGAAUUAUUUAACAAACGUAAUAUUAGUGUUCGUUGUUGUUACUCCAGCAAGUAACAUUCAGGUAGACGGAAGUAAGGGUAGAAGUUUUUGUGUUUAGAAGUAUAGUGCAUUCGAGUUGAUUACUACCUGUAUGUAUGUCAGUAUAUAAAAAUUGUCACUUGAUUUUGAUGUUCAGUAGAGCAAUAGAUAAAAAAAUGUACGUUUCUGAUACACUCUGUAGAGUCUUGUUUUUGUUUCAGAGGAGUUCGGUUCUUACAUAAACAUAAACCGUCGAAAAUCGUCUAAAAGUGUAGACUGUAUAUUGGCCUGUCUUCAUAUUUACACUACGUGUGAAU